UCACCAUGAAGGCAACGACGAGGCUUGGAAUUAAUCCCCACCCGUUUUCCUUCCAACAAAAAACACGAUUAUAGUAUUUUGGAUGAUUAUAAUCCCCGCCCCACAACCCAACCCCACCAAGAGCUUGUGUUCUCGAUCGAAUUCUUCUUCAACUACCACCCGCCGCGGGAAGGAGACGAAGCAGAGGCUUGUCGCAGGUUCGCACCUUCUAGAACCAUCCACUCCUCUCAUCCUCCUCGGACUCUUGACCUCUCCCCCCCGACCUGGUUUCCGUUUAGCGGCUUCUGUGGCGGGGCGCCAUGAACAGCAGCAAGCAGGCGCUGAUUUACAGCUUCGUGGCCAAGGGCUCCGUUGUGCUGGCGGAGCACACGGCCUUCUCCGGCAACUUCAGCACCGUCGCCGUCCAGUGCCUCCAGAAGCUUCCCCCCAACAGCACCAGAUCCACCUACUCCUGCGACGGCCACACCUUCAACUUCCUCGUCGACCGCGGCUUCGUGUUCCUAGUUGUCGCUGAUGAGGCUGCUGGGAGGAGCGUCCCGUUCGUCUUCUUAGAGAGGGUUAGGGAAGACUUCAUGCAGCGGUAUGGGUCCAGUAUUGACGAGGAAGGGCAGCACCCACUCGCUGAUGAUGCCGAUGAGGACGACUUUCUGUUUGAGGACCGCUUCAGCAUCGCCUACAACCUUGAUCGCGAAUUUGGCCCGAGGUUGAAGGAUCAUAUGCAGUAUUGUGUUAAUCAUCCAGAGGAAAUUAACAAGCUCUCCAAGGUGAAAGCCCACCUAUCGGAUGUCAAAGGGAUCAUGAUGGACAACAUUGAGAAGAUAUUGGAUCGUGGUGAGAAGAUUGAGCUUUUGGUGGGUAAGACAGAGACCUUACAGUCACAGGCUGACAGCUUCCACAGGCAUGGCAGAGAGUUGAGGCGAAAGAUGUGGCUUCAGAACCUGAGGUUUAAGCUGAUGGUGGGUGGCGGCAUCUUGGCUCUGAUUCUCAUCCUUUGGCUGAUGGUCUGCAGGGGAUUCAAAUGUUAGAGCACACAAAGUUGUUUGCCUUUUCUUUUCAGGCGUUUGCUGUGUUUGCCGUGUCAUGUACACAGAAUUGCCACCAAAUUGUGUUUUCACAGUGCUACCGGUAUCGCAAUCAUGUAGUAGUGGACUCUAAUCCCCGCAGUCUUUCCCAUGUUCCAUAUGAUAAUGGUAGGAAGCUGGAGUACGCGUGAGAAAUGUGUGGAGGAGAUAUGACAUCACGACUUAAAUAUCUGUACAUUCCAAAAUGCAAGCUCUUAUUAUUUGGGCGGUCCCGUCUGUACUGGUGCCAACGAUCAUUGUAAAUGCAGAACGCUCUUUGGUCUCAA